AUGCCACUAAAAAUUGGGUUACAGACCUUCUAUAUUGGUAUGGAAGUCUCAGAGCCUAAUGAUUAUGCAACAGAAUUUGAUGGUAUUGAUUUGACAGAUGAAUCACUGCUAAUUAAAAAGUUAUAUAAUAGGCUUUACCAAAUAGGUUAUGACUUUAUCGUGGUUCCUGUAUCAAAGUCUAAAUCAGAAACUUUAUAUAAAGUAGAUAUUCAAAGCCCAUUCUCUUGGAUCCCCCGUCAUCAAAAUCAUAAACUUUUAGAAUCUAAUAUUUGGACUUCUAAGAUUGUUGGAGUCUUACCUCAGAACUUAGAAAGUGAGGUGCAAUUAGAAUCAUUACUGGGGUGGGGAGCCUAUAUUGGCUAUUAUGCCCUUAUUGUAGAUAUUAAAGCCUUAUCCACAUAUUUACUUACUACUCUUUCUUCUUUUAUGAAGUCUAAUACUAGUAAUAAUUAUAUCUGGAUUAGAAUUUCAGUACAUGACAAUAAUCAAUGGAACACAUGGAAUUCUUUAAAGUAUAGAGUUAAUAACGGAAUUAGACGUUCAUGUUUAGGAGUUAUCUUGUAUAUAUACUCUUUAUGUAUAAGUGAAGAAGAUUUCUUGAAAUGGGAGAGAUUUUUAGGGGAACCAGUAAGAUGUAUUGUAGUGAAUUCAAAACUACUAGAGAAUUUAAUAGACAAUAGUGAAUUUUUGCAUAAAAUUAAAGCUAUCUUGAACAAAUUUUUAUGUCUCAGAGUACCAAUUGUAGUGGGAGAAAAUGGACAUUAUAAAUCACUUUUUUUAUGCAAGAAGUGGCAAGCUCAAGUAGCAGAAUUUAUAAACAACCUACCAUCACUAACUCAACAAGAAGUAUUUGAAUAUGGUUAUACAGAUGUUUUACAAACCCCUUUACAACCUCUUUAUUCAAAUUUGCAGAGUACUUUCUAUGAGAUUUUUGAAAAAGAUCAAGUGAAAUACAACAAGUAUCAAGAAGCUAUAAAGACCUUUUUAAUUGAUUUCCAUAAUAGAAAAAGUACUUCUACAAAAGUAUCUAUUAUGGUUGUUGGGGGAGGUAGGGGGCCCUUAAUGCAAUGUUCAAUAAAUGCCUUAAAAGAUUUGAACCUUGAAUACUCACAACUAAUUUGUGUCGAGAAAAACAUUAAUGCAAUUGUAACUCUUCUAGGACGUGUUCAAUACGAUCCAGACCCAGUUUGGAAAAAUGUAAAGAUUAUAAACUCAGAUAUCAGAAAUUUGAAAUCUCAAAUUAAGGUUGACCUAAUAGUUUCAGAGCUUCUCGGAUCAUUUGGUGACAAUGAAUUAUCUCCUGAGUGUCUUGAUGCAGCUCAGGAAUUUCUUAAAUCUGAUGGGAUUAUGAUUCCUGAAUCUUAUUACUCAGCGGUGGAACCUAUUUCAUCAUAUAAACUAUGGUUUAAUAUAUCUACUCAAGGUAUUCCUCAUGGUUUAGAGAUUCCCUACGUUAUUCGUGUCAAGUCAGCAUUCCAUAUCUCGUGUCAAGGUCCUCAAAAAGUGUUUGAAUUCCGUCACCCAAAUAAACAAUUAGUUAGACAAUCUCAAUUUAACAAGCAUAAUAAGAGGUACAGUAAAAUUUUAUUCACAGCCAAGGAGGAUUCUACAAUUCAUGGAUUUUUAGGAUACUUUUAUUGUUCUCUUUAUAAAGAUAUAUGCUUGUCAACAAUACCACAUACACAUACUUUAAACCUUAUUAGUUGGUUUGAGUAUUUAUUACCUUUAUCAAAGCCCAUAAAUAUUCAAAAGAAUGAAUCCUUUAUAUUCCAUAUCUGGAGAAAAUCUUCUGAUAACAAAGUUUGGUAUGAAUGGACUGUAAAAUAUCGAGAAAUUGCUUUAAUACAUAAUCUAAACUCUAAAGCAUUUCAUUUAUCAUUAUAA